GCCACAGUGUCUACAUCAGGGGGUUUGCAGCAUUUUGGCUGCCCACCAGAACAUCAAAUCUGCCUGCUGCAGGUCUCGACUGAGCCACCAACACAUAUGAUCCCACAGCUUAGGAACAUGUGCUGAUGCAUUUGGAGUCAUUUCACUUCAGAACGUAACCGGCCAUGUUUUCUGGCAACAACUAAAGGAAAGGAAUCGUCCUCAUUCAGACGAUGAUGGGAAACAACAGGGUGCCUGAGAAGACACACAGGUGUGGAGUGUCCUGUUUGGGUCCUUUGUCCUUCCACAGUCGGGCUGUAGGGGACAAGGUCCACCUGAGCUGCGGGGGUCAACUCGCAGAGAGAAAUCCUGCGACCUUUCGGAACGGUCUGGUGUUCAGCAGUCGCUCACUGAACGUUCGGGAGAAGGUUCGUCUCAGAAUCCAAAACGUUUUACAGAACUGGAGUGGGUCCCUGCGUUUGGGGUUCACCACCGUGCCGCCCACAUCCAGAACUCUUCCUCUGCCCGACAUGGCCAUUCCUCACCUCACCAACACCCACGGGCACUGGGCCGCUCCCGUAAGUGAAGUCCUCUGUGGGCCUGGUUCAGAGCUGGAGUUCUGGGUUUCUGCUGGUGGUUCUGUGUACUUCAGAAGCAACAACAGCAGAAAGCACAAACUUCUAGUGGGACUGGACCUCAGCAAACCCCUGUGGGCCAUGAUCGAUAUCUACGGACAGACCUGCUCUGUUUUCUUACUAGGCUCAGAGAAAAAUAAAUUUGUCAUCACUCAAAAGUCCUGUCCUGCUCCAGAAUAUCUUACCCCACCUGAUGUGAACCACUACCACAGUUUGAACGACAUUCCACGAGUGAUACAAAGGCUCCAUGACAACAAAGAUGAAUGGAUUUCCUUUACUGCCAGGGAAAGUCCAUCAGAUGGAGACACCAGAAUGGACUGUGUGGUGUGCAUGAGUGAAGAGGCCACAGUCACUCUGAUCUGUGGUCAUCAGUGUCUGUGUGACCACUGCAUCUCAAGAUUUUUCCAAGAGUUUGGCACCUGCCCAUUGUGUCGGCAGAAGAUCUAAAGUCCACAUCUGGUGGUGGGGGCAAGUUCUGAGGGUGUCCCAAACCUCAAGCCACCAGACAAACUGAUGGACUGUAACAAAACAAGAGCUCUGCUCUAAAGGAUCAGUCGCUGCCAACCAGUUAGUGUUCUGGUUCUCACUGAUACUGAAAUCUUCCUUGAUUUUAACCCAUGCUUGACGACUGAGAUGAACUUGUACCUCAAUUAUCGUGGAUCUGUGAUGUUCUGGUUGAAGUAUUUGUGUGAAGAAGGCCAUGGAAAGACUCACACAUGGACAGAACUUAUUUCCUAAAACAACUACCUCACGUGCAGUGAGCCAGAGCAUGUCCAGUACUUUGUCACAUUUCAGCUGUUCAAUAAUAUGUGAAUAUUUUAAUUAUUAUAUUAAAAGUGUAAAAAUGUG